AUGUCUGAGUCCGAAAAUAAUGAAACGAUGGAGCAAGAAACUAAAAAUGAAUCAAAUCCUAGAAAAAGAGUUCGCCAUCGAAAAAAGAAGAUUUAUGAAAAUGUUUUGAAGCAAAUGGAAUUUUAUUUUAGCGAUGCAAAUUUGAGUAAAGACAGAUUUCUAGGAGACUUAGUUGCAACUGAUCCAUUUGUUCCAUUGGAAGUAUUUCUCAAGUUUAAUAAGAUUAAAUCUAUGACAGUGGAUGUUACUGAUAUAGUCAAGUCUAUGAAAAAUUCCACAGUUUUGGAAUUAUCUGAAGAUAAACUUAAGGUAAAAAGAAAAAUUCCAAUGGUGCCAUAUGAUGCAGAUCUAAGAACAGUGUAUGUCGAAUCAAUACCAGUGACAGCUAGUAGAGACUGGUUGGAGCGAGUGUUUUCUGACUAUGGACAAGUUGCAUACAUUUCCUUGCCAAAAUUCAAAAAUUCACAAAAAAUUAAAGGUUUUGGUUUCAUAGAAUUUACCCGACCUCAAGAUGCACAGAAAUGUAUAAAUGCAUUUACUAAAAUGGGUUGUAAAUUACCCACCUGUAUGCCUCCAGAAGAGUUGUCUUCUAUAAAAAUGUUUUCUGUUGACGAUAAAGACAAAGAAGGCAGAGAAGACAAAGAAGAGAAUGAGGAAAAAGAAGAACCACCUAAAAAGAAAGCAAAGAAACAUAAAGACAAAAAGCAAAAAAAUUUGGAAUUAAAACUUGAAACUGAAUCCAAUACAGAUAAAAGACAAGCCACACCAAUGGAAGAGAAGACAAUUUUGAAUCCUGUAACAUCUGAUGUUGAGACACACGAAGUCACAACCCCUACAGAGGAAAAUAAGGAUAUAGUCAAAGACUCCAAAGAGGAAUUAACAAGCCAAGACGAGGGCAUUAAUGAAGAUGGAUCGCCAAGAAAGAAAAAGACAAAAAAGAAAAUAUCAAAAGAAAAAGGAAAGAAAACUUCGGACAAAGUCGAAGCACCUAAAGGUGCAUUAUGGGGGCUUCAAGUCCUAGCCAAAACAGAAUGGAAAGUGUUAAGAAAUAAAUAUUUAAAUCUACAAAGGAAAUAUAUGAAAGAACUGAAGCAAAGCUUACAAGAGAAAAGGCGUUAUACUGGUAUACCGGCGCCGGCAGCGCCAUCUAUUGAAGUCGACAAUUCAACCUCCGGACAGCAAGUAGAUCGAACAAAGACGCCCCUUGAAAAGAUUCCUGGAGUUUUUGUAAAGGAAGCGCUGGCGGAACCCUGUCUAGAUGUCAAACUCACUAAAAGAACGAUAAAAAGUAAUAUACACGCGUUGCACGUGGAGGUGAAGGAAGGUCAGACGGAUGCAAUAAUAAGAUUCGACUCUGCUAAAGCUGCUGAUGAGUACUGUGUAAAUUCGGACAGUCGAGCGCACGUGCUCUGCGGUACUGAAGAAGACGAGCAAUGGACGCGAGCUGAGAAUGCUCGUACGAGCAAACGAUCGCGUGGACGGGCAAAGUUACUUGCGCGUACGCAAGCUUUGUCAAGUGCACCCGAUAUGGCGCCCGCAUCCCCACAACCAACGCAUACACAUAUACGUUUUGAUGAAUAA